GUCCAGCAACACGAACCAAAACUUUGUACAUACCUAUCUAUCCAAAACAGCCCUUCAAGGCAGUAUUCGACAUCCGUACUUGACGCAAGACAAAGCCACAUACAUUCAGAGUCAUUUGGGCCCCCUCACAAUGGCUCUACACGAGCAGAUGCCGUUGAUGAAUGAGAAGUACGUGGAUAUUAGGCAUCGGCCUUGGACGUCACGAGGUGUAAAGGAAAGAAACCCGGCGACCAAGAAGCUUACGGUGGUAUGCACAUCGUUAUUGUGCUUAUACCUUUCCUGCGCUGCGGUUGUCUCGUUUCGGGGUGCCCUAAAGUCACAACUAAGCACAGCGGCAGGCACAUCUAUCCCAGUUUCAAGUCUGCAAACGCCUACCGUGGUGUCGAAUUACUCUUGCACACCUGAACAAUCUUGCUGGCCGUCCGAAGACCAGUGGGCAGCCUUCAACCAGAGUAUCGAUGGCAAUCUGCGGAUAACUGUUCCGUGGGCUUCGUCCUGUUAUUCAGAUCCAUCAAGCAAACAAUGUCAAGAGAUAAGGCGAGGCUACAUGGAUGGGGUAUCUCGUACUGCGCAGUACGGCACCACGGAGUUCCUUGAUUGGGAGACAUGUGGACAGUCCCACUGUUAUCUGGAUUCGAUGCAUCCUUCAUCGCCUGUUUCUGGUACAUGUGGGCUUGGUAGACUGUCAACAUAUCAUGUUGAAGCUCACACGGCCAAUGAAAUCAGCAAAACCUUGGAUUUUGUUCGCCAACACGGUGUUCGAGUCUCCAUCAAGAACACCGGCCACGACUACUUUGGACGAUCAAGUGCAGCCAACUCCCUUGGCAUCUGGACGCAUCAUAUGAAGGAUACAAAAUACCACAAAACAUUCCAGCCCAAGGGGUGCAAGACGCAGUACAAGAACAUCGGGGAGGUAGGUGCGGGCAUCCAAGCACAAGAGGCGUGGGAGUUCUUCGAACCCUUAAACAUGCUUGUCACAGUUGGUGCUGUCGGAUCUGUAGGCAUCGCAGGAGGUUUUGGCCAGGGAGGUGGCCACGGACCGCUUGGCCCCACUCAUGGCUUGAUGGUCGACCAAGCAGUUGAAUUCGAGGUCGUCACCGCGGAUGGUCAGAAGCGGACAAUCAACGAAUGUACCGAUUCUGACUUAUUCUGGGCCAUGCGAGGUGGCGGCGGCGGCAACUAUGCAGUGCUGACAUCGUACAAGUUUCAGCUACAUCCUGCUGUGCCGUUGAACGUACACUUCUUCCGGGCCCACUGGCCCAAACCCACGGACAUUACCCAAUCAAAAGUGCAUCGCGACAUAGUCAGCGCGCUGGCUUCGAAUCAGACAAACUUCUUGCAGAAUGGUAUUGCUGGCUACAACUUUUUGUUACCAGACCACAUGGUAUCCCUGCACGUCAUGCCCUCAGCGGACACUAAAGCUAUCGAGACCGUCACCAAGCAAUACCACGAGUUCUUAGCCACAUAUCCUGGCAUUACGGUUCAGAACAAUUCAUAUCACGUCUUCCCCAGAUUCUCAGAAUGGCACGCCUUCACUGACCAGCCCUGCAUCGCGCGCAAUGGUCCCGUUGGUCUUGGACUCUCCGAAAGUGGCCGAUUUAUUCCCAAAUCACUCUUCUCAACGCCUUUGGACAUUGGUAAACUGACCUCUGCCGUCCUGACCGCUAUGCAAUUCUCUUAUACCAACCGCGGCGGCGGAUCUGCACAGCUCUACUCCACAGGUCCCGCAAACCAUCCCGACGGCAGCGCGUCUAGCGCACAUCCACUUUGGCGCGACAGCCUAUGGCACGUCAUCAUGGGCGGUGGAUGGACGGCUGCCACUACCCCUGCGCAGCGCACGCAGCUUCAGAACACCAUUAGCGCGUCGAUCCAGCCUUUCAAAGCGCUGACACCUGGUGGUGGUUGCUAUGUCAAUGAGGGAGACUGGAUGGAAGAGAACUGGCAGCAGGCAUUCUUUGGUGGAAACUAUGACAGGCUAUUGAGUGUCAAGAGGGAAUAUGACCCCACGGGGAUGUUUCAGUGCUGGAAAUGUGUGGGAUGGACAGGACAUAAGGAUCCGAUGUACAGUUGCUAUGGACAGGGCGACAAGGAACCGCAGGCGAGUAUUCCUUUGGGGCCAGUAGGGUGAAGUGGCCUGGUGCAAGCUUUGCUCUGGGUGGACUUUUGUAUUUGCGUGGAGUAUUGGCGUUUGACUUUCUUCU